AUACUCUUUGGAAAUGAAAAAAGAAAAAACAAAAUGACGUUUUACGUUGAAGAAUAUUUUGUGAAAUUGUAAAUAUUUCAUUACAUGACGUAUUAGUUCGAAAUCUUACCAAUUAAAUAUAUUCAUUUUAAAUGUUAAGUUAGCAGGAAGUUUUAUUUCAUACACGUGUAAGAAAAGUAUGUCAAAUAAUUCGAUAGGCUCAAAUCCAAGCAUGCCUUCCAUAGGGAAUUUGAAUCCGCAAAGUGCUAUCCAAUACGUUAACAACCCUCUGCAAAGCCCUCAAAUACAAGCAACGUCAAUACAAAGUUCGCCUUCUCAACACAGUCCGAUGGGAACGCAAUCUCAAGUUAGCGGGAAAGUCAUUCAAGGCGGCGGCGGAGACCAACCACCGCAGAUUGUAAAUAAACCCCGUCUUCAAGAAUUGGUAAGAGAAGUUGACCCAACAGUACAAUUAGAUGAUGAAGUAGAAGAUUUGAUGUUACAAAUGGCUGAUGACUUCAUUGACACGUCUCUUGGCACUGCCUGUUCAUUUGCGAAACAUAGACAUUCUUCUAAUGUUGAGCUUAAGGAUGUACAAUUACUUUUAGAACGCCAAUGGAACAUGUGGAUACCUGGUUUUGGUAAUGACGAGCUCCGACCUUACAAAAGAGCUGCCAUCACAGAGGCCCACAAACAAAGAAUGGCUCUGAUAAGAAAAACUAGUAAAAAAUACUAACAUAGGCUGUAACUAGUAUUAAGGUAU